ACACGGCCAAGGCAAGUGUAAAUGACUUCAUUGACCGUUGAGGCAUUUGUGCUGUACAAAGGUGUUAUCAUGCAAAGACGUGUCAUUACUAUAAUUUGCUGCAACAAGCGAUAUACCAGUGGAACUUCAAAAUCCACAUGUCAUCAAGAAACAUCAGAUGUUUGUUUGAAUCCUCAAAACAGUACCCGACUCCGCAGUUUUAAAUUCUUCGUACGAAAACAAGAACAACGUGAACUACUUGACAAGCCUGGGUAUUGCAAUGGGUCCCUCUGUUCUCCAAUGUACGUCACUUCCGGUGAAAAAGCCACGAAAAAAAGCCAACUUUGAGGCCCGAAUAAACGAAUGCGUCAUCGAAGAAAGAAUGCGUCAACAGCGCGCCAUAAUUAAGCGUUCGACCGCAUCUGAAGCUUUACCUCGAAAGGUCGCAGAGAGUGUAACAAACGAAAACUGCUCACCGAGAAACAUUCUGCGAAAUGGUGCAACAUUGCUAAAGAAGCAAGAGAUCUUAGGUCUCGCCUACAGAAACAAACAUAUAUUACGCAGAGUUCCUUUUUCCUUGACAACAGUUGAUCUUUCAAGGACUUUAAUGAACUUAUAGUUCCAUUAAAAUGCUCAACCGCACGUUGGCUUUUGGAGACAUCAUCUACCUUAACAUCUGAAGGGAAGUCAUUGUAUCUUUUCCAACAAAUGG